CCAGCCAUGGCUCGGCAAUUCCGCCUCGGCGACCGGGUGACAGUCGCUCAAACACAGCUAUGCGGCACUGUGAAGUUCAUCGGCACCACAGAGUUUGCCGCUGGCGAGUGGAUGGGCAUUGAGCUGGACGAAAAGCAGGGCAAGAACAAUGGUAGUGUCAAGGGCAAGACCUACUUCGACUGCAAGCCAGAACAUGGCCUUUUUGUCAGGCCGACGGCAGUCACCAAGAUCUCGCAACCGGUGCCGGAGAUCAGUUUGCAGACACCUCAGGCAACAGAACCUCCAUCCCAGAAAGAUCCACUGCCGCCGGCAGCAUCCGUCCCAAAGGAGCCUGUCCAGCCGGCCUUGUUAGCAAUUCCGCAGUCUGGUGCCACUCCGCCUCCCAGACGCAUCAGCAAAAUGGAGGAAGGAGACAAGACGCGGGAGGUGGAGAAGGCCAGCGUCCAGCUUGAGCUGGCCCAGGCCAUGGAAGACCAUGACGUGGACGCUAUUCGAUCGCUCAUUCCAAGAGCCGCGAACCUUUGCCUUGCUCCGGAGGAGAUUUCCGCAGCCAGGCGAAUCCUCAGUUGGGAGGUGAAGCAGAACAUGCGGGAAGAGGUCGACGCUGUAUGUAACUCCGUCUUGCAGCUGAAGGAGUCGAUCGGCAACUUCAUGGAAGAGGUACAGGCGACGAAGAGGCCGAAGACCGACAGCGGUGCGGUAAUCAGCCGACUUGGUGUUGAAUUGGAGAAGAGAGUGUGGCAAAAGCUAGAAAGCAAGAUUGAUGGCAUCGUUGAGAAGGCCCUUGCGAAGCUUCCUGAGCCGCCGCGGCCAUUAGAGCUUUCUUUGGACGCCUUCCGCUUCGAGCACUUUGACCUCAACGGUGAUGGGGUCAUCACCCGAGAUGAAUUCGAAGAGGCUCGGCAGAAGAUUUUGGCGCAAGGUGGCAAGACUCCGGUACCAGCAACUGCAAGAAUUUCCGACAAGAUCCCAGAAAAAGACCGCGGGCUAACCUCCCCUCGUGAGAAAGUGCCCUGGGAGUUCAUGCGGAACCUGUACACUCUCGCCGCCCAGCGCUUGGAAGUGAUGGAAGAAGCCCCGAUCCGAGACCCAAACUCCGAGAUCUUCGAGGCCACCCGUUUCGUGGUGCAUCAUGUGCUUCGGAAAGGUAUCCAACGAGCGCAGCUCAUCGGAGCCGUGCCCACCGUGCCGGAUGCCUUGGCCGAGGCGCAGCAAGACAUCGCCGCCAUCCGAGCCUCGAAGAGGCGCAUCGAGGAUGCGACGAGAAAGGCCGAGGAGCGCAUGAAUGCCGCCUCCACAAAGGUUCAGGCAGUCGCCCGAGGGAGGCAGGCCAGACAGAAGAAAGACUUGCUCGAGAAGAGCGCCGUGACACUCCAGCGUUCCCUCCGCCGGCUCAGACAGCAAUGGCACCAGGGAAAGAAAAUGGACUUUGCAGCCGCUGUCCGAGCCGUGAAAGGCCAGCGACGAGAGUGGGCUAUGGAGUUCCAGCGGGUGGCCGGUGAGGACGGCCUAGACCAGCAGUCCUUCGUGGAGGCUUUAACGCGGGCCUGCGGCGAGAACGUGUCCAGCCUCCAGGCAGAGAAGCUCUGGCUCGGAUACUUGCAGCAGAGCGAGCACAGUGGAUCCAUGGUGCUGGCAACCUUCUGGGCGAUCUGUGAGGCCGUGGUCCAGGGAGAUGUCCAGGCUGCGGAGUUCGCUGACAUGACCCUGGAGGAGUAUGUGUCCUGCGGAACUGCUGAGUCCCCGGCCGAUAAAGAGCUCCAAGCGGCGCAGAGGAUUCAGGCUGCGCAUCUCGGGCGCAAGACCCGACUUCAAGACCGGCCCGUGAUGGUCCCUGCAGAAGCCCUGGAGCAGGCUGCAGCACGACUUCAAGCUGCUCAUUUGGGCCGACUCCUUCGUCAGAGUGCAGCAGACGCUCCUCCGUCCGAGAAUCCCGGGUUAGCGUAA